AUGAAGAUUUUUAGUUGGGUUCAAAGAAGACUUAGUGGAAAGAAGCAUGAGUCAGCUUCAGAUUCUUCUCAAGAAUCAUCAGGGCUUGCUUUGAGUAAAGAUCUCCAAAGUUGGCCUCAAGAUGAAGAAACCUUCUUAGCCAUUGGAACACUUGGAAACAAUAUCAUCUCCAAGGAAGAGGAGGAAGAAGACACAGAUUCUAGCAAAGAUCUCACUGCCACUAAUACAGAUGUUAGUAUUGGAAAGAAGAAGUCGAUCUCUUUUCUUCUCAAGAAGAUGUUUGUUUGCACAAGUGGCUUCAAAACUCCACCUCCUCUUCUUGAUUUGUCUAGAGAUUCAUUGCCUAAUACAAGAAUGGAAAAGAUGCUAAGGACAAUACUCAACAAGAAGAUACAUCCACAACGUUCAAAUGCUAUAGCAAAGAAGUAUUUGGAGAAUCAUAAGAUUAUAGAUGAAGCUCGUUCAAGUGUCGACGUCAAGAAAUGGGUCAAGACAGAUUCUGAAUAUAUUGUCUUGGAGAUGUAGAUAUCAACCAAUAAGCUAUAAAUGGAUCUGAUUGAUUUUCAUGGUAAUAAUAGAAUAGAAAGACAACCAAUAUAUUUUCUUAUUAAUAUUUGCUUAUUUUUUCUUUUAAAAUAUGAAAAUAGGAAAAACAUAGUAUAUGAU